AUGCCUUGCACCAACGGCCACUUCUCGCGAGGCUUCCGCCCGGCUGCGGGCAGCGGCGGCGGCUGCUGCAUGCGGUCGGAGCGGGAGGCCGCGCCGGGGCUGAUGCGGUGCGGCGGCGGCCGCGAGAAGUGGCCCAUGGACAUCCCGCUGAGGCGGGAGUCGCCGCGGCGCGACCCGGACGCUCCGUCAAACCCUCUGCCACCUUCCCCUUCCUCCCCGCUGCCGCCACCGCCGCCGGCGCCGGUUAAACAGCGAGAUGAGAAAAAAACGGCUCUGAGCAAAGUAGUUAUUCGACGGCUUCCUCCUUGUCUAACUAAGGAGCAACUGGAGGAACAGCUACAUCCUCUACCUGCCCAUGAUUAUUUUGAGUUUUGCACUGCUGAUCCAAGCCUUUAUCCUCAUCUCUACUCGAGAGCGUACAUUAACUUUAGAAAUCCUGAGGACAUCCUCCUUUUUCGAGAUCGCUUUGAUGGUUAUGUCUUCAUUGAUAAUAAAGGGUUGGAGUAUCCUGCGGUGGUUGAAUUUGCUCCGUUCCAGAAGAUUUCAAAAAAGAAGCUGAAGAAGAAAGAUGCCAAAGCCGGGAGCAUUGAAGAUGAUCCAGAAUAUAGGAAAUUUUUAGAGAGUUAUUGUGCUGACGAAGAGAAAAUCUGUGCCAAUCCUGAGAUUCUUUUGGGAGAGAUUGAGGCCAAAACAAGGGAACUCAUUGCUAGAAGAACAACACCCCUUUUGGAAUAUAUUAAAAAUAGAAAAUUAGAAAAGCAGAGAAUACGAGAAGAGAAAAGAGAAGAACGAAGGCGGAGAGAAUUGGAGAAGAAACGUCUGCGGGAGGAGGAGAAGAGGAAGCGCAGGGAAGAGGAAAGACGUAAAAGGAAAGAAGUGGAGAAGCAAAAGAAAAUUUCUGAGAAAGAAAUAAGGAUCAAGCUUCUCAAGAAGCCUGAGAAAGGAGAUGAGCUGGCUAGUGAAAAGCACAAAGAAAAAGGUGAAGAAGUUGACGUUGAGGAAAACAAAUGGGAUAAAUCACCUGGAUCGGGGAGUACAAAGUACAAAACUUUGGAGGGUUCACUGAAAGAACUUAAGGAAAAGUCACAAAAUGAUAGUGACAAAGAGCAAAGAGAUACGGAGAGAAGAUUUCGAGAAAAAGAGCCUGAAAGACAAAGGUAUCGAUUGGAUGAUGGCAGAAAGCAUAGAACUCACUAUGAGUUUGACAAGUUUGUGAGAAGGAAUGAAGAAGAGCUGAAAUGGGGGAAAGGCUACAACCAAGACAGAGGAAAGAAAGGGAACUACAACUACAGCUUCACAGUGGAGGCAGUAGACAAACUGGGUAAAGAGGACAAGUGUGAUGACAUGGCAUCCAAAAAGGAGCGCAUAAGAAAUAAGGAUCGCCCGGCCAUGCAGUUGUACCAGCCAGGAGCUCGCAUUCGAACCUAUACGGGAUCUACAAGUAAGGCCUACGACUGCAGUGGGAAAUCCUUUGAAGAAGCCCUUGAUAAAAAAUAUGAGGCAGAUAAUUCAGCUGGAGGUGGUUCUGAGAAGAGCGAAGAAGCAGAAUAACACAAACUGGAGGAAAGACUUGCAAGGGAUGAACUUAAGAUUCAGUGUCAUCACAAAACAAAAAAUCCAUAGAGCUGCUUCAGAGCUCCACAGGCAAUUGCACCGACAAGAUUGUAAUAGCUCUGCCUCUUACUGUCUGUAAAAUAAAGGGAAGACUGACUGGAGAUGUAUAAAGUGUCUUACAGCAAAGAAUAUUGUUGCUUUGUUACAAAAAGCAGCACAAACACUAUUUGCCUAAUUUAAAAGCAGUUCGAUACUUUAUCAGAUUCACUUUGAAACAGAAAUCCUCUGAUAGUUUUAAAGGACUGUUUCUGUGAGACUUUUCAGAAGCUAUUUCACCUUUUCAAGUCUAACAAAACGAAACAUGGAUUUGCAUCAGUUUGAAAUCUGAGGCACUUUAAAUAUAGUUGGUGCAUGACACGAGAGUUACAGGACCCCUUCCUGCAAGCGCCCACGGGGAGCUGCUGUAGGCACUGGGUGGGACCAGCCCUGGGAUGGGAGGCUCCGGAGCCAGGAGCUUUUGCAGGAUGAGGCCCACAGUUUGCACAGUUGUGAGACAUGUCUGUUGGUAUCUGUACCUCAUUGUGUUUACAUUGUUUGUCAACCAACGAUAGCGUCGGGCAAGUGUUAGUGAAGCUACAAGCGCGUGGUUAGAGAGUUUUGUCAUUUCCUGAGCCACUUUUGCCUUUUACGUUUUAAUAGAUU